AUGGUAAAAACCAAUGAUGAAAAGUCCAAUGUGACAACCUCCAAAGCGGCAGCCAAAGAAGUCACCAAACCCGCCAACAACAUCCUCACCCCGGCCGCCAGAAUGCUUCAACAUAUUCUAUCAAGCCGCACCCUCUUGAUCAUGAGGAAGACAAUGAUCCUCGAAGCCCUAAACCAGGCCGAGAACGAAGCCGAAGCUAAGGUGGAGGCCGCACUUGCCAGGAAGGAUGACUUGAAGUCGGACAAAGCGGAGGUGGACAAGGACGACGAUAAGGGCAAAGACAACGACGAUGACAACAUAAACCCUCGAAACCCCCCUACCUCAGACCCUGCAGCGAAGGCCCCAUCUGCAGUCCAAGUAAAAGCCAACCAACACGAAGCGCAAGCUGCUAUCCGUAGCCUGAAGAGACAUGGAGCCAGCGUCCAAGCAGCAGAAUCUCCAGCAAACGUCCAGCAGAACUUAUCAGCCGGUAACAUUCCUCCCAAGGCUCCCAAGGCUCCCAUGGCUCCCAAGGCUACUACCUCGGGUACAACACGUAGCGGUCGCGUGGUGAAACCCAGCCAGAAGGCCAGAGAUGUGAAGGGGGUGAUGAACAAGAAGAGAACCAGCACCAGCGAAGCGGCUACACGUACUAGGACUAGGACCAGAACUAGAAGUGGAAAAGGAGGCAAGGGAGGAGCCACAAGGUCCAAUUCAGCGCCGCCGCCGGCCGCUACUGUGAACACGACGGUCACACGCAGCGGUCGUGUGGUGAAGCCUAGUUUGAAGGCUAGGGAGAUGGGGGGUUAG